AUGUCCGACGAGGAGGACAACUACCCCCAGCUCGCCACUUACACGGCGCCUCAGGAUGUGCUCGACGACCACGCCGAGAUGGCCGAUGAGGAGGACAUUCCCGAUGAGAUCCAGGACCGUGCGCGUGUCAAGCAGAUUGCCGCUCGCCAGACAGGAUACCAGCUGCGGCGGUUCGAGCGUCGCGAUGGCAUGGGCGAAGGCGAGGACGAGAGCUACGAGGACCGCAUGAGGCGCGUCAACCUCGAGCGCGAGGAGGAGCGUGUGCGCCAAUUCAAGGAGCAGCUGGCCAAGGACGAGGCCGCCAAGGCCGAGAGUGAGGGCCGGGUGAUUGUCGACGACGACAAGACACCUCCCCGCGCAGCCGCUAUUGACGACGACAAGACGCCGCCACGGGCCGCGAUUGGCGAAGGUGCCGGGUCACCACCUGCCCGCCGCCGGCGCUGGGACGAGACCGAGGUCAAGAAGGAGGAGGACACGAAUGGAGAAGAGCCCGCGCCCAAGAAGCGCCGUUCGCGUUGGGACCAGAUGCCCGCCGAGGGAGAGGAGGAGGCCAAGCCCCGCAAGUCGCGCUGGGACCAGGCUCCAGAGGCUGGCUCGUCUGCCGUUGCGACGAGCAGCAGCUCGGCGGCGUCUUCGUCCGACGAAAAGCCUUCGAUGGUCGCAGACAAGCGUUACCGCGCAAUCACCGACGACGAGCUCAACUCGCUCCUUCCCGGCACCAACGAUGGUUACGCCGUUGUUCCCGUCCCCGAGGACUACCACCCGCAAGCGGCGGUGCGCAAGAUGGUGCCCGCAACCUCGCAGCACGCCGAGGGAGGAUUCAUGAUGCAGGACGAGGGAGCGGCCGCACGCGCUGUCACGGCUGCUGGCGGCUUCCAGGGCUCGGGCGAGCAGACUGAGAUUGAGGGCAUCGGAACUCUGCAGUUCCUCAAGGCCGAGGACGCACAGUACUUUGCCAAGGUGCUUGGUGAGGGCGGUGGCGAGGCCGAGGACGUGCACUAUUCGAUGGAGGAGCUCAAGGAGCGCAAGAUUAUGCGCCUCCUGCUCAAGAUCAAGAACGGUACUCCGCCAGUGCGCAAGACUGCUCUCCGCCAGAUCACCGACAAGGCGCGCGAGUUUGGCGCCGGCCCCUUGUUUGACAAGAUUCUUCCCCUCCUCAUGGAGCGCUCGCUCGAGGACCAGGAGCGUCACCUGCUCGUCAAGGUCAUCGACCGUGUCCUGUACAAGCUCGACGACCUGGUGCGCCCGUACGUCCACAAGAUUCUUGUGGUCAUCGAGCCCCUCCUCAUCGACGAGGACUACUACGCGCGUGUUGAGGGCCGUGAAAUUAUUUCAAACCUCGCAAAGGCCGCAGGUCUCGCCCACAUGAUUUCCACCAUGCGUCCCGAUAUCGACCACGUCGACGAGUACGUCCGCAACACCACUGCCCGUGCGUUUGCCGUGGUCGCCUCGGCUCUCGGUAUCCCGGCUCUCCUCCCCUUCCUCAAGGCUGUGUGCCGCUCGAAGAAGUCUUGGCAGGCCCGACACACUGGUAUCCGUAUCAUCCAGCAGAUUGCCGUUACCAUGGGUUGUGCUGUUCUCCCCCACCUCCGCAACCUCGUCGACGCCAUCGCCGAUGGCUUGCAAGACGAGCAGCAAAAGGUUCGCACCAUGACCGCCCUUGCCCUCGCCGCCCUUGCUGAGGCUGCCGCUCCCUACGGUAUUGAGUCGUUUGACAACGUUCUCAAGCCCCUCUGGAUCGGUAUCCGUCAGCACCGCGGCAAGACCCUCGCCGCCUUCCUCCGUGCCAUCGGCUACAUCAUCCCCCUCAUGGACCCCGAGUACGCCGGUUACUAUGUGCGCGAGUGUGUGCCCAUCCUUAUCCGCGAGUUCCAGACUUCAGACGAGGAGAUGCGCCGCAUCGUCUUGCAAGUCAUCAAGCAGUGUGCCGGUACUGAAGGUGUCACUCCCUCAUUUAUCCGUCAAGAGAUUCUGCCCGAGUUCUUCAAGGCGUUCUGGGUUCGCCGCAUGGCCCUCGACCGCCGCAACUACCGCCAGCUGGUCGAGACCACCGUGUCACUCGCCGCCAAGGCCGGUGUCUCUGAGAUUGUGGGCCGCAUCACCAACGACCUCAAGGACGAGUCGGAGCCAUACCGCAAAAUGGUUAUGGAGACCAUCACCAAGGUCGUCACGGCCAACGGUGCUGCCGACAUUGACGAGCGUAUGGAGGUGCUCUUGAUCGAUGGUGUCAUCUUUGCGUUCCAGGAGCAGACUAUGGAGGACAAUGUCAUGCUCGACGGCUUUAGUGCCGUCGUUGCUGCCCUUGGCUCGCGUGUCAAGCCAUACCUCCCCCAGAUUGUGUCCAUGAUCCUCUGGCGCUUGACCAACAAGAGCGCCAAGGUCCGUAUGCUCGCUGCCGACCUGACCACCAAGCUGGCACCGAUCAUCAAGCAAAACGACGAGGACGCGCUGCUGUCCAAGCUGGGUAUCGUGCUGUUCGAGCAGCUCGGUGAGGAGUACCCCGACGCCCUCGGUUCGAUCAUUGCCGCCGAGGCAUCGAUUGCCAACGUUGUCGGCAUGACCCAGAUGAACCCACCCGUCAAGGACCUGUUGCCGCGCAUGACCCCUAUUCUGCGUAACCGUCACGAAAAGGUGCAGGAGGCGACCAUCAACCUGAUCGGUCGUAUUGCCGACCGUGGUGCCGAGCAGGUGGCUGCCAAGGAGUGGAUGCGUAUCUGUUUCGAGCUGCUUGAUCUCCUCAAGGCCCACAAGAAGGCCAUCCGUCGUGCGGCUGUCAACUCGUUUGGUUACAUUGCCAAGGCCAUUGGUCCCCAGGACGUGCUUUCGGUCCUCCUCACCAACCUCAAGGUCCAGGAGCGUCAGUCGCGUGUUCUGUCCACUGUCGCCAUUGCCAUUGUCGCCGAGACUUGUGGUCCCUUCACGUGUAUCCCCGCCAUCCUCAACGAGUACCGUACUCCCGAGCUCAACGUGCGCAACGGUUGUCUCAAGGCCCUUGCCUACGUGUUCGAGUAUGUCGGCGAAAUGUCAAAGGACUACAUCCACUCGGUGGUCGGUCUCCUCGAGGACUCGCUCACGGACCGCGACCACGUCCACCGUCAAACGGCGUGCGCGAUCGUCAAGCACCUCACUGUCGGUGUUGCCGGUCUGGGCUACGAAGAGGCUCUGACACACUUGCUCAACCUUGUUUGGCCCAACAUUUUCGAGACAUCGCCCCACGUUAUUGGCGGUGUCAUGGACGCGAUCGAGGCGAUGCGUAUUGGUCUUGGACCUGGUGUGGUGCUCAGCUAUGUCCUCCAGGGACUGUACCACCCGGCCCGCAGGGUGCGCGAGGUGUACUGGCGCAUGUACAACACUCUCAUCUUGGGUGCUGUUGACGCUCUGGUACCCUUCUACCCGGCGCUUGGGUCCGCGGCGGACCUUGCCAACGGGCAAGACUACACCCGCCACCACCUGUUGAUGUUUGUGUAG